GGAGAAAUGAGAUACAGAUUGAAAGGAAUUGCGCCUGCAACAGAUUUCUUCAGAAUUGAUCCAAAUACUGGGAAACUAUAUGUAAUAAAGCCUUUGGAUACCGAGACCACUCCAACAUACACACUGAAUGUUGGAGCAAGCAACACAGCAAAUCCUAAAGUUGAGAUUGACACAAUCGUGACGAUUAAUGUAAUCAGGAAUGUGCACAAACCCAUAUUCUCGCCCCCAGAACGUAAUGUCACGGUUGAUGAUGGGACACCCGAGGGAGAACCUAUUGUUACAGUUACAGCCACAGAUGCUGAUCUUCCUGUAAGUUCUGAGGCACAUAUCAACAAGUGUGUUUAUAUUGAAUACUAUAUCGGUUACAUGCACAAUAUGUUUAUUCACUUCAAUUCAUUAUAUUGUCAGUCAUUUUACUUGGAUAUUAUUAAAAUAGUAGUCCUAUCCUGUUUGUUAGUAAG